AUGGCUCACAUUGGCAUGGUAUGGCUCACAUUGGCAUGGUAUGGCUCACAUUGGCAUGGUAUACUCACAUUGGCAUGGUAUGGCUCACAUUGGCAUGGUAUGGCUCACAUUGGCAUGGUAUGGCUCACAUUGGCAUGGUAUGGCUCACAUUGGCAUGGUAUGGCUCACAUUGGCAUGGUAUGGCUCACAUUGGCAUGGUAUGGCUCACAUUGGCAUGGUAUGGCUCACAUUGGCAUGGUAUGGCUCACAUUGGCAUGGUAUGGCUCACAUUGGCAUGGUAUGGCUCACAUUGGCAUGGUAUGGCUCACAUUGGCAUGGUAUGGCUCACAUUGGCAUGGUAUGGCUCACAUUGGCAUGGUAUGGCUCACAUUGGCAUGGUAUGGCUCACAUUGGCAUGGUAUGGCUCACAUUGGCAUGGUAUGGCUCACAUUGGCAUGGUAUGGCUCACAUUGGCAUGGUAUGGCUCACAUUGGCAUGGUAUGGCUCACAUUGGCAUGGUAUGGCUCACAUUGGCAUGGUAUGGCUCACAUUGGCAUGGUAUGGCUCACAUUGGCAUGGUAUGGCUCACAUUGGCAUGGUAUGGCUCACAUUGGCAUGGUAUGGCUCACAUUGGCAUGGUAUGGCUCACAUUGGCAUGGUAUGGCUCACAUUGGCAUGGUAUGGCUCACAUUGGCAUGGUAUGGCUCACAUUGGCAUGGUAUGGCUCACAUUGGCAUGGUAUGGCUCACAUUGGCAUGGUAUGGCUCACAUUGGCAUGGUAUGGCUCACAUUGGCAUGGUAUGGCUCACAUUGGCAUGGUAUGGCUCACAUUGGCAUGGUAUGGCUCACAUUGGCAUGGUAUGGCUCACAUUGGCAUGGUAUGGCUCACAUUGGCAUGGUAUGGCUCACAUUGGCAUGGUAUGGCUCACAUUGGCAUGGUAUGGCUCACAUUGGCAUGGUAUGGCUCACAUUGGCAUGGUAUGGCUCACAUUGGCAUGGUAUGGCUCACAUUGGCAUGGUAUGGCUCACAUUGGCAUGGUAUGGCUCACAUUGGCAUGGUAUGGCUCAUAUUGGCAUGAUAUGGGCCGCAUCACUGCACAGUCAGAGGGGGAUUGCAACCGGCAUGACAUGACAUGCAUUGGUGACACGCUUUGGACAACAUGGACUGGCCACAAGGAAAUGACAUAA